AUGGUUGUUGGUGAGAUAGUGUUGAAUUCCGGCUAUAAGAUGCCGGCGCUGGGAUUCGGCACCGGCUGGCAACCAUCUCCGCCGGCGCACGAGCUCACCGCCAUCAUCGUCGACGGCGGAUACCGCCACAUCGACACCGCCGCCAUGUACAGCAUGGAUGCGGUGGAGCGCGGCCUCAUCAAGAGCCGUUGUGAAGUCUUUGUUACGUCGAAGCUCAAUGUUGAUCUAAAGUUAGACUACGUGGAUCUCUACCUUAUACACUGGCCAAUAAGAAUGAAGCAAGAUGCCAACGUGUCUAAUCUAAAAGGAGAAGACUUGCUUCAUUUUAAUGUUAAAGAGGUUUGGGAGGCCAUGGAAGAGUGUUGUAAGCUGGGAUUAGCCAAGUCUAUUGGUGAUACGAGGGUACUCGUAUCGGUCCCGGCAGCGCGAGGUCGCUGGAGAAGGGUUAGGUUCGUUCGCGGGAUCCUCCCAUCAAGCAGCUAG